GAAUCGCCUGGAAGCUACUUGUGCAGGCUUUAAAUACCGAUUUGACAGAUCACAUUUUAGCCCACUGUUACUACCAGCCCACACUGCCUCCUCACAGCAGCUAGUGAACACACCACAGACACACGAUGGGAACUCUGAGAGUGGUGUUACUCCUCUCCUUGAUACCGUCACCAUGGGUGCUCUGCUCGACUGGGAAACACUUCAACCAGGAUUCAACACUCACACUGGAACAACAGGAUGUAUUGUUCAAUAGAGAAACCUAUCUGGAAGCAAGGAGGUCUAAGAGAGAAGCAGCAGCCCUGUGGCUGGGAGAGGACUAUGACUCCAGCAUGGUCUUCCUGCCUGCUGAUGAACCUGACGAUGCCCCCGCUGAGGGGGUUAACGCCUUGGAGCUGCCCACAUGCCUGCUGUGUGUGUGUCUGACCGGUUCGGUCUACUGUGAGGAGGUUGUUCCAGAGAUGAGUGCUGUGCCGACCCUGCCCAAGGAGACCGCCUACCUCUACGCACGCUACAACAAGAUCAACAAGAUCACCAAUAAAGACUUUGCAGAAAUCGUGACUCUGAAGAGAAUCGACCUGACGGGGAACCUGAUCUCGGAGAUCGAGGACGGAGCAUUCUCUAAGCUGACCCUGCUGGAGGAACUCAAUUUGGCUGAGAACCAACUGGUGAAGCUGCCCAUGCUGCCCAGCAAGCUCACCACCUUCAACGCCAACCACAACCAGCUCAAAACCAAAGGGGUCAAGGCCAAAGCCUUCAAGAAACUGGAGAAGCUGAUCAACCUGUUCCUGGGAGACAAUGCACUGGAGGCCGUACCAGUGAUCCCUGAGAGCGUCCGCAUUGUCCACCUUCAGAACAACAACAUCACGGAUAUCAGCUCCGACACGUUCUGCAAGGGCAACAACACUUACUACAUCAGACCAAACCUGAAGGAGGUGAGGCUGGACGGGAACCCAGUGCUGCUGUCUAAGCACCCCGACAGCUUCACCUGCCUCAAGUCUCUCCCCGUCGGACAGUACCGCUAAGACUAAAAGAGGUCUUCUGUGCUGACGUCAGUGGGACUUCCUGAUUGAAUAAAAGUUUAAAACAGAAAUACAUGCGACUUCUACAGGGGCGUAUACAGUCCGGUGGAAUGUUAUUAUGAACGUUGCGGAUAGACAGCCAUGUAAUGAAUAGAUCCGACAUGAUUCCCUGUUCUACUUGACAAAGACAAGACAAUCUUUAUAAUGAAUGGUCGUCUACACCAUACAUUGCAAUUCUGUCUGAACGUUCUUCUGUAAAAAUUGUGCCCAGGUCUUUCUCGGUCUCUUUCAGAAGACUAGUGGCUGGGACUGAAAUGAUAGUAUCUCACUUUAGCAAGCUAGGCUACAUUGGUGAUAUAACGUCUCACACAAGGCUUUGAGCGGAUCACCUGUUUCUGAUUAGAAGGUUCCUUUACAUUUAGACUGGUCUUGAACAUAACUUGAACAAAUCAGCUAUGUGGUCGGGAAGACUUUGCAAAUACGCCUUUCUUUUGAAUGUUUGCUUUUGCAUUCUGUUUGACUUAUGACUUCUUUAAAAACGUUGAGUCAAGCUUUUGGCUUUCCUCCGAAUUCUGUGAAUUACUUUCAUGUAAACUGGUUCUUAACUUAACAACUCAAGUAGAAGUUGAUGACAAAUAUAUCUUUGAACUACGUAGCCUAAAGUAAUGUGAACAUAAAGGGACUGUGCUCCCAACAUCGUAAGCUUUGAUAUUAAAAUGGUGAUAUUCUUUUCUAAA